AAGACAGAAACUUCUUCCAUAGAUGCUUCCAUAUAUAAGAAGCAGCUCGUCAAGAGAUGCAGACAGGUCAGAGGAAAUGUCGGUGAGCAAUGCGAGUGAUGUUGACAACGAAUGGGUGGAGCAAGAUGAGCCUGGCGUUUAUAUCACCAUUAAAGGUUUACCAGGUGGGAAAAGAGAGCUUAGAAGAGUCAGAUUCAGCCGAGAAAGAUUCGGGGAGAUGCACGCGAGAUUAUGGUGGGAAGAGAACAGAGCAAGGAUACAUGAACAAUACUUUUUUUUGUUUCUUCCAGCUCAAGUAAUUCUUCCACAGAAUUCGAGUUUCAUCAUGAACUGUCCGCAAAUACUUGUCUUCUUCCUGCUCACGUGUUCGGCAAUUCUGUUCAAAUUAUACUACCCACAAGAACAAGAUGGUUCCAUAAUCGUGGUCGAAAAAAACGUCGGCUUAAACUAUGGCCUCCUCGGAGACAACCUCCCAUCUCCGUCCAAGGUUAUCAGCUUUUACAAGUCCAUAGGGAUUACCAAAAUCCGAAUCUUCGACCCGAACACAGAGGUUCUUAACGCCUUACGUGGCAACACCAAUAUUAGUGUCAUCGUAGGCGUCAAGGACCAAGACUUGGCUGCUCUUGCGGCCAGAGAAGAAGCUGUUAAGGACUGGUUCGCGAUCAACAUCGAGCCUUUCUUAGCCGACGUCAACAUCACGACCAUUACCGUUGGUAACGAAGUCAUCCCCGGACCAAUCGGUCCUCACGUGCUUCCCGUCGUGCAGUCUCUCACCAACCUUGUCAAGUCGAGGAAUCUACCGAUCUUGAUCAGCACCGUAGUGGAUAUGUCGAACCUACAACAAUCCUACCCACCUUCCGCGGGAAUGUUCAAGCCUCAAGCGCGUGAACAACUCGUUCCUGUGCUGAAAUUCUUGUCUCAAAUGAACACGCCUAUCUUUGUCACCAUCUACCCUUACUUCGCUUUGGUGUCCAAUCCCGACCACGUCAGUCUCGAUUAUGCCAUCUUCGAAAACAAAUAUCCCGUUUUCGAGGAUGGGCUAAUGAAGUAUACACACAUAUUUGAUGCGACUUUCGACGCUUUCGUGUGGGCAAUGGAGAAAGAGGGUGUGAUGGAUUUACCAAUGGUGGUGGCAGAGACCGGAUGGCCUUCCGCGGGCAGGGGGAAAUUUACAACUCCGCGUAUCGCGGGUACAUACAACAGAAAUUUUGUCAAGCAUGUUGAAAGCAGUAAAGGGACACCGAAGAGGCCGAAUAGUAGCAUUGACGGGUAUUUAUUCUCGACUUUAACGAGAAUCAGAAACCAGCUGGUACUGAACAGAAUUUUGGAUUGUACAAUCCUACUAAUAUGAAGCCCAUCUACAAGUUGUUUUGAUUUUUAGAAUCUUGAUUCUUAGAAUAUCCCCAACUCAUUAGUUAUAACGCUUUAAUAGUUUGUUUGGUUUUGUUUUAAACGCUCUAAAGAGUUGUAAUAGAGUGGGCUUUGUUUU